AUGCAUCAGUUGGAUGCCGUGCGAGGAGCUUCGCCCAGCAGCUCAGCCGCUAAUACCUCGGACGAAAAGCAUAGCAGGAGCGAUGGCGGCGGCGCAGAGGACAAUGGUGAUCCCGCCGUCGUUGAUCUCAGCGACGAUGGUACAUCGUCUGACAUUGACAAGUUUGUCAAGGUCGGCCCACGGGAGCUGUUUCGAUUUGCGACGAAGUUCGAUCUGGUCCUCAACAUUGUCGGCCUCGUCGCCGCCGCGGCUGCGGGUGCUGCACAGCCUCUGAUGACCAUUGUCUUUGGAUCUCUCACCACCGAAUUCCUCAACUACCAGCACGACAUCACCGCCGGCAUUGACGCUGAGCAAGCCAAGGCGCAUCUCAAACACACCAUCGCGCACAAUGCCCUUCUCCUCGUCUACAUUGGCAUUGCAAUGUUCGGUGCGACUUACAUCUACAUGGCCAGUUGGGUCUUCACCGGCGAGGUCAUCACGCGAAGGAUCCGUCAGGCCUAUCUCAAGUCUGUCCUCAGGCAAGACAUUGCAUACUUUGAUCUCGUCGGCGCUGGCGAGGUGACGACGCGAAUCCAGAGCGAUAUUCAGUUGAUCCAAGAGGGUAUCAGUGACAAGCUGCCGAUAUCGGUCAUGUUCAUUGCGACGUUCAUCGCCGGCUUCAUCGUCGCCUACAUCAAGUCGUGGAAGCUUUCCCUGGCCAUGUCAUCGAUCUUGCCCUGCGUCGUCCUGGCAGGCGCAGCCAUGAAUGUCCUCAUCACACGCUAUCAGCGUGUCGAGCUCCUCUACGUGGCUCAGGCAGCCACCAUUGCAGAGGAAGCCAUGAGUACGGUACGCACGGCAAAGGCGUUUGGCAUCGAGAACAAGCUCGUUGACCUCUACGACGAGAGCAACCGCGAGACGACGUCGCUCGGCAAGCGCAAGGCCGUCGUCCACGGCAUCGGCCUCGGCAUCUUUUUCUUUGUCAUCUACGCAUCGUACGCCCUCGCCUUUUAUUUUGGCUCCAAGCUCAUCGCCAGUGGAGAGAUUCCAAGUGGAACGGUCAUGACUGUCGUCUUUUCCAUUUUCAUCGGUGCCUUCUCUCUUGCCAUGCUGGCGCCCAACAUGACGGCCUACAGCUACGCGACGUCGGCCGCCGCAAAAGUCUUUGAGACGAUCGAUCGCGUUCCUCCCAUCGACUCUUCGGACCCUUCCGGGAAGCAGCCCGAGACCUGCACCGGCCACGUCGAGCUGCGAAACGUCGGUUUCCGCUACCCUUCACGGCCCAAUAUCGACGUCAUCCGAGACCUAAGUCUGACUAUUGAGGCGGGCAAGACCACGGCCCUAGUUGGUGCAAGUGGAUCGGGCAAGAGUACAAUAGUCUCUCUGCUCGAAAGAUAUUACGAUGCCUCGGAGGGGCACGUCCUCCUCGACAAUGUCGACGUCCGCGAUCUCAACAUCAAGUGGCUUCGUUCGCAGAUCGGUUUCGUCGCUCAGGAGCCGGUCUUGUUUUCCAGCACGAUUGCUGAGAAUAUUGGCCAUGGUCUCCUCUACACCAAGCACGAGCACGCUUCGCCCGAGGAGCGCAUGGCACUCAUUGUGGCGGCUGCCGAGAAAGCCAACGCAAAGACGUUCAUUGAGCAGCUUCCCGAUUCAUACCAGACCAUUGUUGGCGAGCGUGGCUUUCUGCUUUCGGGUGGACAAAAGCAGCGCAUCGCCAUCGCUCGUGCGAUCGUGGGCUCGCCUACUAUUCUCCUGCUUGACGAGGCCACGUCAGCCCUCGAUACACAGAGCGAGGGCGUGGUGCAGGAAGCACUCGACAAGGCUGCCCAAGGGCGGACGACAAUCACUAUCGCCCAUCGCUUGUCGACGAUUAAGAAUGCAGACAAGAUCGUCGUCAUGGGAAAGGGCAUCAUCCUCGAGCAAGGCACCCACAACGAGCUGCUAGCGAAGCCCGACGGGGCGUACGCCGGCCUCGUACAUGCCCAAGAGAUUCGAGGCAGGGACGUGAUUGAUACCGUUGUAGAUGACGAGUUGGACGAAGAGAAGUUGACCUCGAUGGGCGGCACCCUGGACAAGGUUGCGUCUCUGAAAGGAGAGAAGGCCGAGAUGCCGGCGGGAAUGAGCCGGAUGCUGUCGAAAAAGAGCGUCACGAGCAUGCUCGCUAAGCGAGGCGAAGACCUGGAGAAGGGGCAGACGGGCAAGCGUCGAUCGCUCUUUUACCUCCUCUAUCGCCUCGCCCUCAUCAACAAGGACAAGAUAUGGACGUUGUACGUGCCGGGAGUCAUUUGUGCCGUCGGAUCUGGUGCCGUCUAUCCUGUCUUCUCGAUCCUCUUCGGCAUCGUCCUCAAUACCUACUCACUCUGCAGUGCCGAAGAAGAAGGUGGUUGUCCCGAGCCUGCGCGAAGCCAGAUGAGGUCGUCGAGCAACACCGACGCCCUCUAUUUCUUCAUCAUGUCGCUCGUCGCUACCGUCGUUAUCAUCAUUCAGAACGGUUUCCUCGUCCUGGCGGCAUCAAUUUUGAUGGAACGACUUCGAAGGGCAUCUCUGAAGGCUCUCUUGCGAUCCGACGUAUCAUUCUUCGACCGCGACGGGAACAGCAGCGGUUCACUGACCGCCAGUUUGGCUGACAACAGCCAGAAGAUCAACGGCCUCGUGGGCGUAACGAUGGGUACGCUUAUCCAAAGCUUGAGCACCCUGCUUAUCGGCUGGAUCAUCGCACUGGCGUACGGUUGGCGCUUGGCCUUGCCUCUCAUUGCCACGUCACCUCUGACGCUCUCGGCCGGCUACGUUCGCCUCAAGCUCGUCGUUCUGAGGGAUGAGAAGGUCAAGAAGGCCCAUGAAGGCGCGGCCAUGCGCGCCUGUGAAGCUGCGUCGUCUAUCAGGACGGUGGCGUCCCUCUGCAGGGAAGAUGAUUGCUUGGCGAGCUACCGCCAGGCCCUCGACAAGCCUGCGCGCAUCGUUUGGAAGACGGCAUUCUACGGCAACAUCCUGUAUGCUGUCUCUCAGGCGCUUGCAUUUCCGACCAUUGCUCUGGGAUUCUGGUACGGCAGUAAUCUGCUUCUCGACGGUCACCUUGGCAGCGGUCAAAAAGCUAGCGGUCACUUCUUCACCGUCCUCACUGCCACCGUCUUUGCAUCGCUGCAGGCUGGCAAUGCUUUCAGCUUUGCUCCUGACGUCUCGCAAGCUCACGGAGCGGCCAACGAGUCGAUCAAGCUGUUGGACAGCGUCCCCGACAUUGAUGCCGAGAGCGAAGAGGGAAUCAUCAUGAACGACUGCGAGGGCCAUGUCGAGCUCCGGGGUGUCCACUUCCGAUACCCGACUCGACCCUCUGUCCCUGUGCUUCGCGGCCUUGACUUCAAGGUGGAGCCGGGCACAUUUGUUGCGCUGGUGGGCGGGAGUGGCUGCGGCAAAAGCACGACGAUCCAGCUGAUUGAGCGCUUCUACGAUGUCAUGGCCGGACAAGUCCUCAUCGAUGGGCGCGACAUCCGAGAAUACAACGUUAAGUCGCUCAGGAGGCACAUUGCCCUUGUCGCACAGGAGCCGACAUUGUAUGACGGCACUAUUGGAUGGAAUAUCGCCCUGGGCGCGUUCGAGGAUGCGGAGAGGGUGACGGAGCAGCAGCUCAUCAGAGCCGCUCGCCAGGCAAACAUCUUGUCUUUUGUCGAGGGACUCCCCGAUGGCUUCGAUACGCACGUCGGCAGCAAGGGCGCGCAGCUUUCGGGCGGCCAGAAGCAGCGUAUCGCCAUUGCCCGGGCGCUUGUCCGAGACCCCAAGAUCUUGCUCCUGGAUGAGGCGACAUCGGCCCUCGACAGCCAAUCUGAGCAUGUUGUCCAGGAGGCGCUUGACAAGGCGGCAAAGGGCCGGACGACCAUCGCCAUCGCGCAUCGUCUCAGCACCGUGUCGAGAGCAGACGAGAUAUUUUGUCUCAAGGACGGCGUCGUGUCGGAGAGGGGCGACCACGCCAGCCUCAUGGCCAGUGGCCAGCUCUAUGCUGACCUCGUCAGGAUGCAGGGUCUUCACGCCGGACAAUAA